GGCCCCGCUCCGGCAGGGGAGGGGCGAGCAGACGCGUCCUGCCUCGCCGAAGCGCUCCGCAGCCGGCGGGGCGCAGACGGGCUGGGACGGGUCAGCGCGGGCGCGCGGGGUGAGCGGGCAGCGGUCCGGCGCGCGCAGGGCAUCCCCACGCCGAGGCGCGGGACGUGACUCAGGGAACACUCUUGAGCUUUGUCAUGGGAGCUGUAGUAGCUGAUGAUGGUCCAUCUGGUGUUAAAGCCCCUGAUGGAGGCUGGGGCUGGGCUGUCCUUUUUGGCUGUUUUAUCAUCACAGGAUUCUCCUAUGCCUUUCCUAAGGCAGUUAGUGUUUUCUUCAAAGAACUUAUCCGUGAAUUUGGUAUUGGAUAUAGUGACACUGCAUGGAUUUCCUCCAUUUUGUUGGCCAUGCUUUAUGGAACAGGUCCACUCUGUAGUGUAUGCGUCAAUCGCUUUGGCUGUCGCCCUGUCAUGCUGGUGGGUGGCCUUUUUGCAUCAAUGGGAAUGGUGAUAGCCUCCUUCUGCACAAGCAUCGUUCAGAUCUACCUAACUGCAGGUGUGAUUACUGGUUUGGGUCUGGCACUCAACUUUCAGCCUUCACUCAUCAUGUUAAACCGUUACUUUGAUAAACGCCGGCCCUUAGCCAAUGGGCUGUCUGCUGCUGGGAGCCCAGUGUUUCUUUGUGCCCUUUCGCCAUUGGGGCAGAUACUUCAACAUGAGUAUGGUUGGAGAGGAGGAUUCCUUAUACUGGGUGGGAUGCUGCUCAACUGUUGUGUGUGUGGAGCACUAAUGAGACCUUUGGAGCCACCCAAAAAGCCUGACGCUACCAAAGAACCUGCUGAGAAGAAAGCAAAGAAAAAACUUCUGGAUUUCAGUGUAUUUAAAGAUGGUGGCUUUGUAAUCUACACGCUAGCAGCAUCUAUCAUGGUGCUUGGACUCUUUGUUCCCCCAGUUUUUGUUGUGAGUUAUGCCAAGGAUUUAGGGUAUCAGGACACCAAAGCAGCAUUUCUUCUGACUAUUCUGGGAUUCAUUGAUAUUUUUGCUCGGCCUAUUUGUGGAAUGGUAGCUGGUCUCAAGUGGGUUAGACCACGCUGUGUCUACCUCUUCAGUUUUGCUAUGAUUUUUAAUGGCUUUACAGAUCUCAUGGGUUCUAUGUCUGUUGAUUAUGGUGGCCUGGUGGUCUUUUGCAUUUUCUUUGGCAUUUCUUAUGGAAUGGUAGGUGCUCUUCAAUUUGAAGUUCUCAUGGCUAUUGUUGGUACCCAGAAGUUUUCCAGUGCUAUUGGUUUAGUGCUCCUGGCAGAAGCUAUGGCUGUUCUAAUUGGCCCACCGUCAGCAGGAAAACUCUUGGAUGUAACACGGAGGUACAUGUUUGUUUUUAUUAUUGCUGGAAUUGAAGUUACCACCUCAGCACUUGUAUUGGCCUUGGGAAAUUUCUUCUGCAUUAAGAAAAAAUCAGAAGAACCACACACAAAAGAAGCAGCAGCAGAAAGAGAGGAACUAAACAAAUCUGAAGACAAAACUCCUGAAGAUGCCAAGGUGGACUCUAUUGAAGUGGAACAGUUUCUAAAAGAUGAGCCUGAAAAAAAUGGCGAAGUUGUAACUAACCCAGAAACCUGUGUGUGAGUGUGGCAGAAAACUGACAAAGUCUUUAGAAGAGAGUCAAAGAUUUUCAACGCUAUUUAUUUUAGAAAUAGAACUAGUUUAUAGGGCUGGGCCAUCUGCUUUAUUAACUGGAGGACAGUCAGCUGAUGAAGUCUCUCUGAAAGCUGAUUUAUUAGACAAACUGUUAUCAGAAAAUUAGCUUUAUCGGUAAAAGGUGAAACAGUGUGGUUAUACUUUUUAUGUAAACUAAAAAGCUUUUAUAAACACAAGUAGAAUCUUGCUAUGCAUCACCAGAAACUGUUCACUUGUAAGAGAUGUAGGAAGAAUAUAUCUUAAAAAAAGUGGCACUAUAUGUAUGCUUUCAGACAAUAUGGAUGAAAUUGCUGUGUUGUGCAGCUAAAUGUAACUUCCCUUGCUGUGUUCUUUGUGAAGGAAAGAGUUUGAGAUGGAGAAAAAUCUCAGGAACUUAAACGGUCUCCGUUAGGUCUUUGAAUUUCUUACUUUUUUAGAUUUUCAGAUUAAUUGGCUCAGCCCUAAUAUAAUUUUGAUAUCUGUUACUUUGAUUUAUUCCAACGUAUUUCUAUGAGUUUUGUCUAAACACGUAACCUUUGUAAUGAUCAUCUGGAAACACUGUACACAGAAAGGCACAUUGCUGAAUACUGUCUUCAGCAGAUUACACAAGUGAUAUUCCUAGGUAAUGCUGAAAGAAAAAUAAAAUGAGCAGAUUCAAUACCAACAGACAAUAAGCAAAGUUAACCUCCAUUCACAUACAGUUUUCAGUGCAGUUUCCCUGUAACAUUUGAAAAUAUUACAAGUAAUAUCCAGAAGAUGGAAAUUAGGUUUUCUAGAAUCUUCUGAAAGAGUAUCCAUUUUGUAUAUAAAAACAUUUUAAGUGUCCAGAUCACAUAUAAUGAGAUAGAUGUAUGUUUGUUAACUGAGGGAAAAGGUUGAGACUACUUUGAAACAUGUUAGCUGUCUUUGAAAUGCAAUGUUAGCAACAUAGAAAGGACUUAACAUACUGGUUUUUUUGUUUGUUUGUUUUUACAUUUUUAUUAUUUUAUUUUUACCCCGCUUCCCUAUCCUUUUGCUUAAUCUGUAGAAGUUCAGGGUGCCAUUCUUGUUGUUUGAGGAAACAUCGUGGAACUGUUGAUCACAUUUAUAACAGCACUGCAUAGGAGCCCAUCAAGAAUGGGGUCUGCUCUACUACUUGUUCAUUGCACAAACAGCACAGGGAGUCUGUACAGUCCUGAAAACUCUAACAUCGGAUGAAGAGCAAACAGAAAGAGAUCAGACAAGGCAGUGACAGCAGAUUUGAAAGAGAAAAGAUUAAUUGUGAAGACUUUGGAUUGAGAAGAAAGGUAAAAGGAAGGCAUUCUACAUUUUCCACUUUUUUUUCCAACCAAAUACAUAGAAGAAAUAUAAUCUUCUCUACAAAAUCUUGCUACUUCAACCCAACUUUCAGAUAUGUUUAUAAAAAGCUCUGUAGGAUUUGUGACUGCAGUAACAAUCUUCAAAACAGGCUUACUUGUAAUGGAUUCAGUUUUUCUUCUUGGUAGCAGGAACAAUGGCUUUGACGUUCCACAUCUCUUAUUAAUUAAAAUAUGUAAGACACUAAUCCCUAAACCUCUGUAUCCCUGCAUAACAAAGUAACAUCAUUAGUUGUCUCAUACUUUAUCAUUUUAGCAGAAACGAAGUAAAACUAAGGAAGGCCCAAAACCAUGAACCAUUCCCUAAUUUAUUUUGCAUACCAGCUUCCACUCUGGUAAUUUUUUCAAAAUGGUUUUGCAUUGUUAGGACAAAUUUGCACAGAAAUUGAAAUCUUAGGAUCAUGUUCUCCCCCCCCCCUUGGAUUGUUCUUAAAUGGAAAUGGAUGCUGUACUAAACUAAAAGGUUUAUAUUGCAUAUAGUACAUUAAAACUUUGUUUUUUUUUUUAAUUUCCUAUUUAUCAGCAGAAAUUGCAUUGGCAUGUCCAAGUUACCAGAAUUUAGUCAUAUAACUUAGCUCCAGUUUGCCAAAGAUUAAAUCAGCGCUUGGAAUACUACUCUGCUAGCCCCAGAAGGUCACCAUGUCAAAGGGCAAGAGGAAAAUGGAAACCACAGAGGCUGUUUCAGAUGAUAAAAUAAGGCCCAAUACAGCUUGCGGAUUGAAGUUUUGCAUUCCAUUUCAAAAAGUAAAAACUAGAAACCUUCCAAAUGUGAAUGCAGAUUCUGAAAUAGUCAUUUUUGUCCUAUUAUGGGUUUUGAUCACCAAAUUUCUUUGCUAUACUGUUAUCGUGGAACUAGUUGUUUCUGUGACCUUAGGGUUUGGUACAAUUUUAAAUACAUUCUGCAGGAAUUGGGACUUGACGAUCCUUGUAGUCCCUUCCAAAUCAGGAUAUUCUGUGAUUCUAAAUUGUUCUAAAUUCAGAUGUUGUGAUUCUAAAUUCAGAUUUUAACCUCUAUAAAAUUUUGGCUUAUACUGACUUUAUGGACUAUGUUUCAUUUUUCAUAAAUAACUUCACAGUUAAGAUGGAAACCAGAAAUUUAAGUUACACUUUUACAUGACUGGGGCAGAUGAGGGAGCUGUUAAGACAAGGGAAAAACAUUUCAGCAAGACCCCUUAAAAGCAUGUACCCAACUGCUUCUACAGCCAUAGCCACAAAGGCCUCUAUAUUGAGCUCCUCCUCCCCCACGAUGAAAAAAAAAAAAAAAGCAGCAAUUCAUUAGACUCCCAGUGCUGUCUAAGAACAACAACUAGAAACUUACAUACAGAAGGAGAAGACUGUAUCUGAAUCCCUUUCUCUUGGCAAGAUUAGCCUGCUUCUCAUUAAUUUUAUUCUGCUUAUAAAUUCACAAAGAAUUGCUUUUAAACCCCUCCAGGUAUUUUGGUACAGUACUUCUUUAAUCUCAACUCUGUAGAGACGCAAAUCCUGUAUGUGUAGUUUGUGAGACGUGCUCUUUCAUUUAUUUUGAGAAUGGGGGUGGUCAGAGUCAGAAAGCAUUGCUAAAGAGAAUAAUUGCUUGGAGGCACAAGCAGAAUAGUGCCGUGCAAAGUAGAUGUAGAUGAACCUUUGUUCAGCCUUCACCUAUUAAAAAUUUUGAGACUUGAAAACUGAAAAGAAAGGUUGGAAGACAGGUAAUUAUACAACUGAAUUACCAAGCAUUUCAACAACCACAUUACAAGUUGCUCUUGCAUCUGCUACUGGUACAUAUAUAAUUUUUUUUUUUACAUGUAGUUCAUUAAUCUAUUUAAGAAGUCUGUAAGAGAAACAAUUGAAAUCCGAGAUACAAAAUAUCUAACUAGUAUAAUACAAAACAGCUGAAAAACUGUUUUCACAGAUUAUUUCUCUGAAACUAACUGUCUCUUAGUGCACAGGCUAGCAUAAUGCUGAAAGUUUUUUAGAUCUCUGUACAUUCUAUAAAUUGUGAGCUAUAGGAAUUAUGGUUAAAAUAUUCUAUGCUUGAUAAUAUAAUGGAUCUUAGGCCCAUAAUUUCUUAAUACAAAAAGAGGGUGUGUGUAUACAUGCCUGUAACACAGAGAAUAUAUCAACAGGUGAGCACCUAUGUACGUAUGUAUCAAACACGCAAAAUACAAAGUAGAGUGGAAAAGAGAUCUGGUUACUGGACAAUGAGCAAUCCAUAGUUGAAACUAUUUUAUUCUUCCUCCUACACAAACAUAAGUUUACUUUUUGUUGUUGUUAUUGUUACUUCUCAAUAAAAGAUCUUGAUUAGAACCCACAAGACCCCUGCAGAACUAAAAAUCUUGGAAGUCGUGGAGCUUUCUGUUUAAAAUCAGUCUCUGAUUUUUUUUUUUUUUUGGUCCUUAUAUACAUUACAGCAAGUCUUCAGUAGUACCAGCUGCUAUAGCAGCUAGUUCCCUAAAGCUGAGAAUUGAGAAACUGAGAUAGUAUGAAAGACUGGACAGUUCUAGUGCUUGUUAUUAAAUCCCACCCAAACAUGUGUUAGGUGAUGUAACAUCGUUCUCUAAGAAGAAAUGAAAAGAGUCCAAAAAUCAAGCGCUCAAACUUAAAAAUUAAAUUCCCAAGUACGCUCAUGUAUGUACCUUUGUUACCUGCCAAAGAAAAGUUUAAAUUUUGUAGGCAAUCAUAAACGGAGGGUUUUCAGGAGCAUGCAAACUCUUAGAUUUUAGAUGGUAAGUACUGAUUUAUGUAUGCCUGUCUGUCUCUCUGCUACUGUUUUCUUGGGGAUUAUGAGAGUACACUUCAGUUUUGUCCAAGUAAGAUGACUUUUUAUUUCCUGUUAAUGCACUUUAAUGUUAUAUGUACAUUUAUACCUGGAUUUGUUUUAUGCUUUUCUAGUAAACGGUUGCAAAUAUAGUGAAUAAAUAUUUAUUUGGUUAUCGAUAACUGUGGACAUGAGAAAACAAGCUUAGAUAAAAAUACCUUUAAUGCCCAGAUUUGGAAAUUGGGUUCCAUUUGCACAUGCUCACAUAGCCAUACAAAUGCAGUGUGCUUAUAGAGAAAAAUAAAAUUAACGGGAAACAGUGCGCUGUCAGGCAGACUGAAUUUGAUGUAUGCAAGGGGACUGUUUUUGCAAUGACUCAGAGUUUGACCACUUCUAAAAUGGAAAUGGGCUCCCUUCUGCAAAUGAUUCUGAAGGUCACUUUUAAGCAUCAACUAAUUUAAAAUAAUAGCUAUUAAUUUUCUGGUGCUUCACUUAGGAGUUUUUCUUGUCCUCUACAGAGUGCUCCAGGUUUCAUUUGCAGGUGAAGUUUUACAAGCUGCUUUGACUUAUAAAGCCCUAAAUAUUUUGAGUACUGACCUGUCAGUAAGUUGUCUUUAUCAUCAAGUGAUACCCUUUAGCAUGCUCUUUAGAACUUGAAAGCUCCUAAAAAAUAUUGCCUCAUAAUGUACUUAUCUUGGUAUUUUUUGGAUACCCAGCUGAGACUGCCUCCUCAAAGUAUAUUUUCAAGGCUGCACAUAUGUGCAUCAAAAUUACAGUCUUUUCAAUACAGUAAGAGAAACAUUUUGCUAUCUAGAAGCAUGGAUACUUGGGAAGUUUACAUCUAUUUGUGCCUAACACUAAGCAUCUCUGCUGAGCAAUCUGGGAAGAAUCUCUUCAUCUUCAAAAGUUUCUGUGUAGUUACACUUUGAAGAUCCUAGGUCUAGUUUACAUAAAAUGUAUGUUUGAAUAAAUGCAUGAUUCCUUUUUUUUUAAUUAUUAUUUUUUUAGUUUAGUCAAAAGUGGUAAGACUUAAGGUUUAAUCAAAUGCUUUGCUACCUUACUGGCCAGCUCAAGCCAUGUCCUACUACAAGAAUGAAUGUUACUGGGUGGACCAAAAUGACAGACUUUAAUAGCACACAGUCACAGCACACCCUUAUGAAGGAAAACCACAGUUUAUCUUUGCAUCUGGUACUCUCUGAAGUCUGAAACGAGUCCAGCCAUUCACUGCGGAGGAAAAUGGGCAUGAUCUGAACUGCACUGCUCUUGUUCCCUGCAGCUGGACCCAAAACAAGAAGCCUGAAGGAAGGUGAUCUGCUGAUAUUCGAAGAGUAAACAACUUUGACAAUAGCAGAGGCAUUGCAUAUGAGAAGCAACAGAUUUGGAAUAUAUAUCUUAACGUAUCUUCUCAAUAUUUCUGACACAGAGCUACUCUUUGUGCUAGUGGGAAGAAUGUGCAUCUACUGCAAAAGUAGGAGCUCUUAAAAUCUCCUUCUAGCGACCUGGUCUGUGAGAUCAGCGAUCCUGCACUUGUCUGAGAAAGUAUGGAAAGUUAGAGGUACACAGAGUAAAAAGCUACUUACCUCUAGUUAUAUGCUGUUUGUUCUUGGACCAAUCUCAAUACCUGCUUCAUCAUCUCUGCAACAUUCCAUCUGGCAAGUUCCUCAUUAGUCCUAGAUGAAUACUUCAGAGCAUUAAGAAACGAGGAUAGCUCUUGCCCUUCUGACUCUUUGUCUACUACUGUUUCAGCUGUUUAAAUGUUUUCAGUGGAAAACUCUGAAGCCAAUGAAGAAGUGCAUCUAAACUUCAAUAUUUAAAAAUCUUAAAUAGAAAAAGUAUUUUUAGUCUUGCUGAAAAAAGUUGCAUGAAAUCCACUGGUGGACAAUGUCAGACAAACUUAAAAUACAAUUUACAGUGGAAGCAGAGGUACAUCUGUUUGGGGUCUUUCAAGAAAAAAACCUGCAUGACCUCAAAACCCUGUGAAUCCUUAAGGAUUGUGGGAAAUACUAGGGGUACUGCAUUGACUUCGUGCCUUUAACACUUGCAGGUCUGAACCAAGAUGAGGACUGUAGUUAAACUAAAUGUUUGGUCUGGUUAUGCAAUCAGGACUACACAUCUUCUUCCCAGUCCAUAAUGUACCAAAUGAUUUCUCUGUUCCACUUCCACCAACCCCUCUCCACCCUCCUCAAGUAUCUUGAAUUGGUCACAGGAGACAAAAACACAGUAGACAUGUGCUUAACGCUUUAGGAUGCUACACACAAAUUUCCCCUUUUCCACACUCUGAUUUGUUCAUUAUGUUUAUAUUUCUUAUGGCUAGAUCCUACCCAUACCUUUUGGUCAAGUGCAAAAACUUUUUAUUAUUAACCUGUCUUAUCCAGUGAAUUGUAGGAACUACUCUGUGUAGAAGAUACUCAGAUGCAAGAUUAAGUUCACUGGGGAUUACACUUCCUCACAACUGGAUUAAAAUUAGAUUUCUGACCAUAUGGCUCAGCACUAUUAAAAGAACAGAAGCGUUGUUUGUUUUCACUUAGUAUUUUCUAUAUAUGAAAUGAGUAACAUUAAGAGAAGCUGAAAAGGUAAAGCACAGGGCUUAUUUUCAAUUGUUUUCAAGGUACUUAUAACACAAAGAAUUCAGGGAUUUGCUAACCAUUACGAUUAUGUACAACUGCAUUACAUGUGAAAUUUCCCACAUAAAACACAUAGCCAGUUUUAAAUAAAAAAAUGUGAAGAUAAAAUAAAUAUCCUUCCAGCUUUUAAAGGCCUACUAAUCAGAAACAGUAAUUUUGAAGGUAUGUGUGCCCUCAGAUUUUGAAUAGACUUUUGAGGAUUACUUAUCAAAAGCCGGUAAUUUUAUUAUACAAGGCUUUGUAUAUAGAGCUCAGUAUUUCUUAUUGCUUUUUUCCAGCUCUUAUAACAGAUCAAGUCUCAAUAGCAAUUCUCUUUCCAUACUUCCUCUCAAUACAAUGUAUUACUUGAUAAAUGAUUUAAAAAAAAAAAGACCCGCAAAAGAAGUAAUAUCCAAACAAAAACAUUUACCUUUAUAGAGACAAAAGACAUGUUCUUUGUGAGCAAAGCAAUUAAUGUCUUCUCUUUUUUCCUGCAUACCUUAGCUGCUGCAAUCUAACCAUGACUACUUAAAUCCUGUCACCAUUUCUUCAAAUGUUUGGAAUUGACAAUGUUCUUUAUAUGUACAGAAACCCAUUACAAAAAGAAUAAUACAAAAGUUACACCAAGAAAAGAGUCAUUGUAAGUAAGUUACACCAAAGAAGAAUAGAAGUCAUUAUGAAUGUAUUUACACAAUUGAUAAAGUACACAAAUACAGUGGUAGUACAAAUGAAGUGCUCUGAGAUACUGAUUUCCAAUACACAGGUUUAUACAGACAGUCUAUUUUCCACAUGAUGGAAUUUUAACUAUUAUGAAGGACAAAAAUUGCCCACAACUGAGUACAUUUCUAGAAGUCUGCAAUCAACUUUUAAGUAUAGCACAGCAAUCUAAUGUUCCAGAUACAGAGAGAAUAAAGAGGCAGCCUUUGUAAGUCCCUCUAACAGUAUAUUAUUAACCACAGAUAUUUACAAGGAAAGCACAGUGAAGUGUAAAACUGUUCAAAUGGUAGUGCACAUGCCUAAAAUACUGAAGUUUAUAGUGACUGAGGAAAUAAUUCUCUAUUGCAAACUUAUCCAUGGAUUACUCUUAAACUCUUCCACUGUAAUCUCCAAGACAAGUUUCCCCUGUCAGAUCCAGAGUACACACAAGCAAAUACUUAAUGUCACAAAGACAUCCAAAGAAAAAUGACUGAUAUCUAAUAUGUGGACCUUUUUUUCUUUGGGGAAGGAGGAAUCUGCAAACCUUGAAACAAUAAAAAUUACUCUUCAUAAAACUCUUAAGACCAGCAAUCCUUUAAAAUUUUGUUUUUAAGCAAGGAAGAAUUUCUCAAAACAACUAACUGUUCAAGCAAACUCUGCAUACGUACUUUCAUUUCCAACACAGAACUUCCCAUUACGUCUUUGAUACUAGCAUAAAGAGUAUUUCUGACAGUGGUCCAAUUACUACAUGGACAACAUAACUAUUUUUAGUUUAUGAGACUGUUUACAGUAACAAAAAAUAUAAAGUAUUUCCCAUAUUCCAUAUGGACAUUUGCUAACAACACCUGCAACAUUCUUUUGGACAACAUGAGUCAUUCAUUCUUAAGCUACUGGCUAAUGAUUCUGGAAGUACUCACGUGGAAUACAGUUAGGAAUUAAAUAUGGUAUGCACCUGAGUUUUAAAAGUUUUCUGGAUUUCAUAGCAAGAACACUUUUUCACUUUUUUUUUUUUAGAAUUCCUUUUUUUUUUUUUUUUUGAGUCUUGGCAUGAAACAGAAGGCCCGAAUCAUCAUCAUCUUUUUUUUUUUUUUUGAACAUGUAGAUGCUGAAUGAAAUGUGCAAAUUCACUAAAGACUCCGUGGCAACAUGCAUUGUCCACUUACAGUACCCUCCAAGCUAACCAGCCUCAGAGUGCAGAAAACAAAAUUUUACCAAUAAAAACAGUAUUUGAAACAAUCCAUUUAAAUGCCAGUGUCUUUCACUUUGUUCUUCAUAUACUUUACAAAAAAAAAAAAGAGAAAGAAAUAAAUCAACUUUUACCAUCUAUACUAUACUUUGA